CUGCUGAGCUGAACAGUUCAAUUGUAAGAUUCUCCGUCUUUGCAUCCAGUUUCUUGUGUCUUUGGACUCAGAAGUGCAAUGAAUUGAGUGAUUUAUAAGUGAAAUAACCAUAAGAAAGUGAUCAAAUCAUGAAGGAAUAUAUUCUAAAGUUCAUUCUUCUCCUACUGAAGAUCUUCUACUACAUCAGCGAUCCUUUCUACAGGAUCUACAUGUGCUUGUGCUAUGCCAGUUAUGCCAAGUGUCGAUUGCCCACAUUCUCCAAUAAACUCUUGGAAAUCCCAGCAAUUGACCUCGCGGAGAAAAUACGACUGCAAGAGAUCACAUCCGAAGACGCCGUUGCGGCGUACAUUGAGAGGAUCAACGCCGUCAAUCCUCACCUCAAUGCCAUCGUCGAGAGUGGCUUCCCGCAGGCUCUCGAUCUGGCCAAGAAGGCCGACAAUCUCUGUCGCAACACGCCAAUUGCCGAUCUCAAGACGCGCUUUCCUCUCCUGGGCGUUCCCAUCACUGUCAAGGAGAGUUGUCGCCUGCAGAACUUCCUCUGCACCCAAGGCAGCCUCCUGCGCUCGAAGACUCGCAGUGCAGACAAUGGUGAGGCCGUGGGACGCUUGCUAGAUGCCGGCGCCAUUCCUCUGCUCGUCUCCAACACACCAGAAUUCUGCUUCAACUGGGAGUGUUUCAACUUCGUCACCGGACGCACACUGAAUCCCUACAGUGGCCAGCGCUCCUCCGGCGGAUCGUCCGGCGGCGAGGGAGCUCUGCUGGGCUCCGGAGCAUCGGUGAUUGGCGUAGGAUCCGAUGUGGCGGGCAGCAUCAGGAUUCCCGCACUCUUCAACGGCAUCUUUGGCCACAAACCCACGCGCAGAGUUGUGUCAAUUGUGGGUCACGCUCCCUAUCCUGGUGACGCCACCGGCGCUGACUAUCUCGUCAUCGGACCCAUGUGUAGGUACGCCAAGGAUCUGCCGCUCCUGCUCCACAUCAUGGCCGGACCGAAUGCUGCCCAGCUGAAUCUCACUGAGUCCGUGUCGUGGAAGAACAUUCGCGUAUUCCACUUGGAGCAGAUCGAAGGAUCUCUCAUUGUGCCGGUGACGGAAGACACAAGGACGGCCUUCUGGCAGGUUGUCAACCACUUCAAGGAGAUCGGAACGCCGACAGAAGCUCUAAACUUAGACAUGAGCAAAUCCCUCGAGAUCGCUUUGGCUAAUCUGGCAGUCGUUCCUGUGGACUAUGUCACGUCAGAUCCGCAAGAUCCCAACUCCAGUAAGAGCAUCUACUGGGAAUUGCUCAAAUCCAUCGUGGGAAGAUCGCAGUUCACAUUCGCCGCACUCCUUUUCAAUCUUCUCUGCAACCAGAAGGCCUUCAUUCCUGCCCGAGGCGGCAAACGGUAUCGCCAGAUGGGAGAGGAGAUAAAGGAGCGCUUGAUUAAACUCCUGGGCACGGAUGGCGUCCUCGUGAUGCCCACUUGCGCCACAAACGCGUGGCGUCACUACGAAUACGCCGUCAAUCUCAGCUCGCUGGUCUACGUGAUCAUCUUCAACGCCCUCGGGCUGCCCUGCACGCACGUCCCCACCGGACUGUCCGCCGGCGGACUGCCCGUGGGCGUGCAAGUGAUCGCGGCUCCUCACCAGGAUCGCCUCUGCCUCGCCAUGGCCAAGCAUCUGGAAGACACUUUCGGCGGCUGGACGGCGCCGAAGUGAAGAGCCGUCGAAAUCACUUGAGCGAAAUACCAAAGAAAAUCCCAUGAAAAUCCCAGUAAAUCAUUUAUAUCUGGCAUUUUAUUAUCAUUUCUCUCUAGUACAGUAUAGUUAAUUAUAAUCAAAAUUUUCUCCUCCUUUCAAUCUUCACUUAAAACAUAAAAAUUUAUUAAUCGACCAAAAAGCAUCGCUAGACAGAAAAAGUGGGGAAAUUCUAUAAGGAAAUAAAAUCCAGAAAAUUAAAUCACUUCUUUUUUGAACUCUGUUGGAAGGAAAAAAAAAUUUCUGGAGGAAGAAAGAAAAUGUGAUAAAAAGUCCUUGAGUGGAAAAAUGUCAUUAUUAAGAGAUAAAAACUACACGAUAAAUUUGCAAUGCAAGAAAAUAAAAUAUUAUACUUUCUAGAUAAAAUGAAAAUAUAUAUAAAUAUUUAGCCGCCAUUCUCAAUCUCAAGAAUUUCAUUCUUUGCCACUCUUUUUUUUUGCAUUUCACACUUCAAUUUUUCUUUUCUUUUCUUUUUCAGCUGUGAUGGAUUUUCAAGUGAUGCAUUCGCUUUUGCAAUAAAAGUCCCGAAAAAGAAGACUCUUUAAAGCACUCUUAUAAAAAUACAAAUAUUUACCGAAUAAUUUAAGAGAGGGGAAAAAACGGAAGGAUAAUUAAAUUUAACCAUCGGAAGAGUGAAUAAAGUGUAUUGUUUUUCUUCAUUCUUCCAAGUUUGCGCUGCAAAAGGUUUUUUUUUCCAUAUAAAAGAACAAGACGCGCGCGUUGCAGAUUUUUUCUUUUCAUUUUGUAUACAAUCAAGCGGAUAUUUUUUAUGUAAUUUGAUUAACACUUGUGGCUGUUUUUUCAUCUUCUCUUUCUCUCUCUUAAUUUCUUUAUGCGAUAGAAAAAAAUUUUUUUGUUGUUUUUUGAAUAAAACCUUUGGUAGUUUGUAGCUUUUAGUGUUAUUUUUCAUUCAAUUUCUUAUCCUUUCUUCACACUAAUCAACUUUUCAACACCCUUCGAAUUUUCUUCAAUUUUUUUUUCUUCUCUUCUUCAAUUUCAAACCUACACUAGAAAUUACUUCUCAUCUCAUCGAAUUUUUUUUUUAUAAAU